AUGUUCUCCCCUGCUGCCCUUAGGUCCCUCGUGGCGUUGGCACUAAUCCUGGCUCUUCUGCUCUUCAAGCCGGCGCCCAUCUACAUCCUCGAUGAGGUAGACGCCGCCCUCGACCUCUCGCAUACACAGAAUAUUGGCCAGCUCAUAAAGAAUCACUUCCACCAUUCUCAGGUUAGUGUCUCUGUUUACGUCGCCCCUCCGCGUCGCGCUCCCCCUUCGCUCUUUCUAUUAGAUGAUACGCGGCCGCCUCUCUUCUCAGGUUUCUGCGCUUGA